AAAGCUUAUUCUAACACCUAAGGGGAAAGCGACUGCUUUACAAUUCAGCGGCACACAUGUAUGCAGAUGGACAAAAAAUAAUUGAAUGAAAACAAGCUAAAUAUGCCAAGUGACAGAUAAGAACAACAAGAAAAUAAAUAGUAAUCAACUUCGUUAUCUACUUUGUCAAUAAGGGAGACCUCUGUCCAGUUAUAAAGAAGGGGUAACCGGAGCCCCAGGCGGAGAAAAGGGGCCAACGGACUUGCGGCAGCGGGAUCAUAUGCAGAGCGUAUAGCUAUAGAGCCAAAGAGGAAAAGCAAACUACUGCACUGCACUGUAAAACCCAUUAUACCAAAUAGAGACGAAUCCGCGACAAGAAAAAUCAAUGUGUUAUACGCUUUAGGAAAAAAAACAAUCGUUGCAAAGGGAAAUGUUAUUUUAGAAAAUAAAGACAGAACAGAAGAACUUAAAAAAAAUCCCACAAAAACGUGGGUAUAAAACGUAAGGAUAAGACAACAAAACCAAGUUGAACCAAGUCGCCAUAAAGCGACGUACGGAUUGGAUAAUUUAGCUAAGUGAAAUACAAAGGGCUUGUCGAUGUGGCUGAAAUCAGACAGGAUGGACGUCCUGGAGAAAGUCUGGACAGCGAGGAAGCUCAUUCUAGUUGUCCUGAUCCCGCUGUCUCUGCUCCCGCUGCCGCUCAUCCAUCCGACCAGUGAAGCCUGCUGCGCUUACGUCCUGAUCGUGACAGCGGUGUACUGGGUGUCGGAGGCCGUGCCCCUGGGUGCUGCUGCCUUGGUGCCAGCCUUCCUGUACCCGCUGUUCGGGGUCCUCAAGUCCAGUGAGGUGGCUGCUGAGUACUGUAAGGACACCACCCUGCUGCUGAUCGGGGUCAUCUGCUUGGCCGCCUCCAUCGAGAAAUGGAACCUGCACAAGCGCAUCGCCCUCCGCAUGGUCAUGAUUGCUGGUGCAAAGCCUGGCAUGCUGGUGCUGGGCUUCAUGUGCUGCACCGUCUUCCUGUCCAUGUGGCUGAGCAACACCUCCACCACCGCCAUGGUGAUGCCCAUCGCCGAGGCCGUGCUGCAGCAGCUCAUUAGCACUGGUGUGGCCGACGCCCAGGACGACUCGGACACCAUCGAGGGCCCAGACGAGGACAGCGAUAAGGAAGAUAAUCUGGACAAGAACCAGCUUGAGCUCCUGUACCGCAGAGAGAGCUGCGUGAAACAGGAACUCUGCACUCUGUCCGAGGAGCCCAACGGAGUUCCCCGGAACACCAGUCCAGGCCAGGACUUUCAUAAGCAGAGCAACGGACAUCUGCCACAGAUAUCAAUCAGAAUCCCGGAGCCGCAGAAACCCGCGGAGAAGGAACCCUCUCCCUACCCCACCAAGAAGGACCACAUGAUCUGCAAGUGCCUGUCUCUGAGCAUCACGUACGCCGCCACCAUCGGGGGCCUCAUCACCAUCACCGGCACCUCCAGCAACCUCAUCUUCGCCGAGCAGUUCAACAGCCGUUACCCAGAUGCGAAGGUCAUCAACUUCGGGACGUGGUUCAUCUUCAGCUUGCCCAUCUCCAUCAUCAUGCUGGUGCUGACCUGGCUGUGGCUCCACUGCUUGUUCCUGGGUUGCAAUUUCAGAGAGACCUGCUCCCUGAGCAAGAAGCGCAAAACCCGCAGGGAGGAGCUCUCCGAGAGACGCAUCCAGGAGGAGUACGUCAAGCUGGGGCCCAUCAGCUACCCUGAGGUGGUGACCGGCAUCUUCUUCAUCCUGAUGACUUUGCUGUGGUUCUCCCGGGAGCCAGGGUUCGUCCCGGGCUGGACCUCGUUGUUUGAGAAGAAGGGCUACAGGACCGAUGCCACUGUCUCUGUGCUGCUGGGGUUCCUUCUCUUCCUAAUCCCUGCCCGCAAGCCCUGGCCAUCAGUCUUCACAGACAAGGGCAAAGAUGAGGGCGCAGUGAAAGAGCGAGACCCAGACCCCUUGGCCCCCAUGAUCACAUGGAAGGACUUCCAGAGACUCAUGCCCUGGGAGAUCGUCAUCCUAGUGGGUGGGGGAUAUGCACUGGCAGCUGGGUGUAAGGUGUCAGGCCUCUCUGUGUGGAUCGGGCGCCAGCUGGAGCCCAUGAGCGGCCUGCCCCCCUGGGCCGUCACCCUGCUGGCCUGCCUGCUGGUGUCCACUGUCACCGAGUUCGCCAGCAACCCCGCCACCCUCACCGUCUUCCUGCCCAUCCUCUCAGCUCUGUCGGAGACGCUGCAUAUUAACCCUCUGCACACCCUCAUCCCCGCCACCAUGUGCGUGUCCUUCGGGGUCAUGCUGCCCGUGGGCAACCCUCCGAACGCCAUCGUGUUCAGCUACGGGCACGUGCAGAUCAGCGACAUGGUCAAAGCUGGUUUUGGGGUGAACGUGAUUGGGGUGGUGGUAGUGAUGCUGGCCAUUAUGACAUGGGGAGUCCCACUCUUCCAGCUGACAGAAUUUCCAGACUGGGCCGUGAUGAGAAACGUUACUGACAGCUUGUAGCCACUAGAGGGCGGCAGAAAGAAGAGGAAAAGGAGAGGGCCCAGUUGGAGGAAUUGUAAACUGGCCUUUUGGUGGAAAAGGAGGAGAUGGAGAAAGAUGGUACAGAGUCCACCUCUCCAACCACAGAUUCCAAAUUUGGAUAGGACUCAUGUUUCCCACCCUCUGAAACACUUCAUCGUUCAGUCUUCAUAUUGAUUUAUAAGGUUGAUGAUUGACAGGUUGGGAAAGAGUGAGAAGAAAGCAGUAAUUUCACAAGGGAGUUAAUGACAAGUAGAGGAUCCUCCGAGAGGCUCAUAGAGACAUUUUUAUUAACGGAUGACACCACUAUUUUAUUCUGAUAUAAAACUAAUUAUUUCUCAUCUCUGUGAUGGAAAUGCUCACUGCGAUUAACAGGAAGAGGACUGGCGUUCAUUGAAUCUCUUUUGUAAAUUCCAGUAAUUUGUUUUAGGAGGCACAGAUGAACCCAGUUAAUAUCUUCUCAUGUAAUAUCUGCCCAUAGAUUUUUAUACUAACUGAAUUCUGGUAGAGGGCAUUAAAGGAAAAAAGGUAUUUAAACAUACAAGGCAUUUAUUCAUCUGCCCUGUCAAGGCCUUAUACUUGUUGUGUACUUAAAAUAUCCAACCUAAAAGUUUCCUUGAGUUUUAUUUUCUAAUACCUUUAUAUUUCUUCCAGGGAACAUUAAACAUUUCAAGCUGCUACUGUUACAUACAUAUAUAUAUAUGUAUAUGUAUAUAUGACAAUACAGCAAAUUGGUGAUUGUUUUUUUAGAGAAAAGACCUGAAAAAGUCUUAUCCUUAAUCCUUAAUGUCACAGCCCACUCAAUAUCCCAAAUUAUAUCUACAGUGAAUUAACAGGGUUCAUCUGUAUUUCAUUGUUUUAAAUGCAAAUGAUCUAACAGCUCUUCAAUGUAAAGAAAAUGGCACAUAUUUUAUACAAAUUAAUUAUUACUAUACAAAAUUAUUACUUUUCAGGUUCAAAUUAUGUACUCUGUGAUACUGGAAACACUGACUACUACUUUGCUACCUUAGGAGCCUGACAGGAAGAGCAAGGAGAAACUGCAACCAGGGGGUCAAAGUUACAAUAUACGACUCAAGACACUUAUUUGUUAUACUUAAAGUUAAAACUGAUAUUUCAUAUAAUUCCACUUACCCUGGGUUGGUAACCAAACCUCCUUGCAAUUUUGUUUCAGAUGUCUGUAACGUGUACAUAAUUCCCAAG